AUGGCUAUUCUCAAGCUUUUCCUCUCAUUUCUAAUAUUGGGUUCGGUGAUGGCCAAGAGGCGAUCCCACAUCGGCCGUCGACUGGUCGAUCAAACUUGGUACGACGCCCAUGCAACGUUCUAUGGUGACAUGACUGGUGCUGCAACCAUGCAAGGAGCUUGCGGCUAUGGCGAUCUCUUCAAGCAGGGCUACGGACUCGAAACGACGGCGCUUUCCACAUCUCUAUUCAAUAACGGUCUCACUUGCGGCGCGUGUUUCGAAAUACAGUGCGUCGACGAUCCUCAAUGGUGUAUUCCGGGCGCAGGCACAAUAAUCGUCACCGCCACCAAUUUCUGCCCUCCGAAUUACUCAAAACCCACCGGAAAUUGGUGCAAUCCGCCGUUAAAACACUUUGAUCUGUCCAUGCCGAUGUUCACGAAGAUAGCCCAAUACAAGGCGGGGAUUAUCCCCGUCAAGUACCGCCGCGUUCUGUGUUCGAAGCAAGGCGGUGUUCAAUUCCAGAUCAGCGGGAACCCUUACUUCAUAUUGGUCUUGUUGUACAACGUGGGAGGUGCCGGCGAUAUUUCCGGCGUUAAUAUCAAAGGUUCCAACACCGGUUGGAUACCGAUGAGUCGCAAUUGGGGUGUGAAUUGGCAAACUGCAACUCAGUUACUGGGACAGAGUUUGUCGUUUCAAGUGACUAACAGUGACGGAAUAAUGGUGGAAUUUGAUGACGUGGUGCCCUCUGAUUGGCAGUUUGGUCAAGUUUUUGAUGGCAGAAUUAAUUUCUAG